GUCCGAGGAGCCUUCAAUUUCAAAAAGUCUCAACCAAACAAAGCAGCAGCAACAAAACACAACAACAAAAGUUGGUGUUACUGUUUAUUGUUGUUAGUGUUUGUGUUGAGUCUCUCAACUCUCAUAAGAGGUCCCUCUUUGGAGUCCCAUGGUUGCUCUCUCUUCCGCGGAGUUCAACCACUGCUCCAACGGCCUCUUUCUCUCUCUUCCCUUCCUCUCUCCUCAGACCCACCCUUUUCCACUUGUUAAGGUUUCUCUUUGCAGCAGAUCAAGUGACUUGGGAGAAGGGAGAAAAGUGGUCCUGAGUUCUGACUGGUUCAGAUUCAUGGUAUCGUGUGCCAUAUGGUGUGUGUUUUCUUUGUCAAAUAUAACGUCGUUAAGCUUGUUCAAAGAUUUUGACUCUGAAAUGGAAGGUUUUGUUGUGUAAGUGAGAAAAAACAAAGGUUGACCUUUGUUUUAUUUUGGUGAAGAGGCUGGUUCUGUGUCUUGAACUGCAGGUUUAACAAUUCAACAAGAGUAUUCAACAAGAGUUUUGUUGAGGUAAGCAAAUUGAGUAGUUACUUGUUAUAUUUCUUGGUUUGUUGAGGAGGGAGGGAAUUGGUAUGGCUGUUGCCAAUAGCAACAGCAGCAAUGAACCUUGUGCUUCAUACAAUUGUUACAAAGUAGCAGGCUUGACUGAGACCAUAUUGGACAUAAGUCACAUCUCUAAUUUAAAGGAUCGGUACAUUCUCGGCGAGCAAUUGGGUUGGGGACAGUUUGGUGUAAUAAGGACAUGUUCUGACAAGUUGACAGGAGAGGUUUUGGCCUGCAAAUCAAUUGCUAAAGAUAGGUUGGUUACUUCGGAUGAUUUGAAGAGUGUCAAACUUGAGAUAGAGAUAAUGGCUAGGCUAUCCGGGCACCCCAAUGUUGUGGAUCUCAAGGCGGUUUAUGAAGAGGAAGGUUUUGUUCACCUGGUGAUGGAGCUUUGUGCUGGAGGGGAGCUGUUUCACAGAUUAGAGAAGCAUGGAUGGUUUUCGGAAUCUGAUGCUAGGGUUCUCUUUAGGCACCUUAUGCAGGUGGUUUUGUAUUGUCAUGAAAACGGGGUUGUUCACAGAGAUUUGAAGCCUGAGAACAUUCUCUUGGCAACAAGAUCUUCCUCAUCUCCUAUUAAAUUGGCAGAUUUUGGGCUUGCAACCUACAUCAAGCCUGGUCAGAGUUUGCAUGGGUUAGUUGGGAGUCCAUUCUACAUAGCUCCAGAGGUACUAGCUGGUGCAUAUAACCAGGCUGCUGAUGUGUGGAGUGCUGGUGUUAUUCUUUACAUUCUGUUGAGUGGGAUGCCUCCAUUUUGGGGAAAGACUAAAUCGCGAAUUUUUGAAGCCGUUAAAGCUGCCUCCCUGAAGUUUCCAUCGGAACCUUGGGAUCGCAUUUCUGAAUCGGCUAAGGAUUUGAUCAGGGGAAUGCUCUCCACAGACCCAUCUCGAAGGCUCACUGCCCGAGAGGUUUUAGAUCAUUACUGGAUGGAAUGCAACCAAACAAAUCCUGAACAGCUAAGUGAAUGUAAAAUCCGAAAUUGUGAAGAAUGGAAUGCUGGUGGCAGCUCAUUCUCUGCCUCUUUAAUGUCCAGGAGUCAGGACAUCAGUUUUGGUGCCAGCUCACCUACUUGUGACGCUCAAUCACCUACAUUCACUUGCAGAUCAUCAUUUUCCUCUUUUUUGGUGGAACCAGUCACUCCAUGUCUAGUUUCUGGUGGGUUUUCAUUCAAGAGUGCAGGCGAUUCCCCUGAUUUGGAAUUUUGUUCUCCCGUUCCCUCAAUGCUUAGCUUUUCAUUCCUCAGCCCCAGUUCUGUUGUUGAGCAAAAGAGUUGUAAAUUAGAGUGCUCAGCUAACAUGGCAGAUGUAAAUGCAAUUGCUGGAGAAACAAACUUGGGAAAAUUGCUUAUGCUACAAGAUUCUCCUCUUUGCGUUGGACGUGAGGUUAAAGAAACGGAUCGCAAGCCUGUAGAGGCCAAAAGGGCAAGCGGAAUGAAUGGACAUAAGGUAUUGGGAAUCCACAGCAAGAGAAACAGGACAAUUGGACUAGGUGAGUGUGAGCAACUUGACCUUAUGGUGACUGAAUCAGUCAUUCGUUGGUCAUCAUGCACUCAACUACCUACAUCUUUGAGAUCAUCUCUUGUCUGCUAAGCGGAUAGAAGACUUGACUUGUUAAUCGGAUUGCUUCAUGCCGUGCCUAAAUUGCAGCAUACUUGACGCAAAUUUUGCUCAGCUAACGCAUUGUAUAUGUUUUCCUUAUUUGCGUUGUUGUUAAUGUUAACUGUCUUCUGGCUGGUGCAAAGUUUUGUUUAGUUUUGGUAGUGGCUUAAUGGUGUGUCUGAUUGAGAAGUGGUACUAUCUAAUUUCUCACUUUCUUGUUUUUCACUUUUUCUCCUCCUUUUUUCCGUCUCAUGUUAUUUGCCUUGAGUGUGAGUAAAAGCCUGACGGCAUUCAUUCAGCCUGGAUUGUAAAUGAAGUUGAUCUUGAUGUAUGCUCCAGUUGUCUUAAUCUGAUGUAUUCCAGUCAUCUUGAUGUAUCAGUAUCACUAUCACUAUUAGUGUGUGUUUGGUUUAGUAUAACUGAUAUUUUUUAUA